GAAGCCUUACUGAGUUUCAAGGAGGGAAUGCCAUGAUCAGAUUUCCCAGCCCGGCGGCUUCAGAGCAGGCAGGGUCUGUUUUCUGCCCACCUAGUUAACUAACCCCAGCGUCCGGCCAUUGCCGGCUAUCAGCUGGUUCUUGCCGCUGAGUCUCGGGAGAGGGUGAGGGCGCUAAGCCGGCCGCGGGGCCAGCGGGCGGGGGUUGGGUCGCUGCGCGGGGAGGCGGGCAACGGCCUGCGCGAGGCACCCCCGGGGACCUGAAGCGCGACAGAGUCGGCGCUCUCGGGACUCUGGCCUGCCGAGCUCUCGCUCGCUUCUGCGGAGGCUGCGUCGGGUUCUUGGCGAAGGGACAAAGCCCCGCGGCCUAAGUGGCCGAGUCGGAGAAACCCACGGGUACCCGCGGCCCUCGGAGCACAGGUGACUUUGUUUGGAAUUAUCCGACCAUACCCAUAUAUAGUAAUUUCAUCUUAAAAGAAGAAUGCGUAAGAUGGAGAAGAUAGUUACAUGUAUUCCCUCCUUAUAGCCUGGAAAAAAUGACAGAUCUCGUAGCCGUUUGGGAUGUUGCUUUAAGUGAUGGAGUUCAUAAGAUUGAAUUUGAACAUGGGACCACAUCAGGCAAAAGAGUGGUAUAUGUAGAUGGGAAGGAAGAGAUAAGAAAAGAAUGGAUGUUCAAAUUAGUGGGCAAAGAAACCUUCUGUGUUGGAGCCGCAAAGACAAAAGCAACCAUAAAUAUAGAUGCUGUCAGUGGUUUUGCUUAUGAAUAUACUCUGGAAAUUAAUGGGAAGAGUCUCAAGAAGUAUAUGGAGAGCAGAUCAAAAACCACCAACACUUGGGUACUGCAGUUGGAUAAUGAGGACUUUAGAGUUGUGUUGGAAAAAGACACUAUGGAUGUCUGGUGCAAUGGUAAAAAAAUGGAGACGGCAGGCGAGUUUGUAGAUGAUGGGACUGAAACUCACUUCAGUAUUGGGAACCAUGACUGUUACAUAAAAGCCGUCAGUAGUGGGAAGCGGAAAGAAGGGAUUAUUCAUACACUCAUUGUGGAUAAUAGAGAAAUCGCAGAAAUUCCUUAAUGACUUCACAUUAAUGAAUUUUAAUCUUAAGAAGUAAAGAUCAAGACUUUUAAAUUACUGUGGUAAUUAAAUAUGUCCAGUAUGUACUUUUCAGUACAUUUAGUUGCCAUGUUUUUAUUUUUUAAUUACUUGAAACUGUAGUGUUCCAAGGGUCAGGAAAAAAAAUUAUGUAUCAUAAGAAUUGCAGUUUAUUUUAUAAAUAAUGUAAAAUGUUCUAAAGUUAAAUGGAAAAUAAGUUGUGGACCAAAAUCACUAAUGUUUUACAAGAGCAACUUUUACUAUAAUAAAUACUAUAAAACAAAA